AUGACGACGCCAUUUGGUAACAGAAUGCGCUUGCGACGUAGCUUUGAUACCUACAAUGCAAAAUCCGCAGAAUUGGAAAAUAAGACUGCUGCCAAGACAUCCCACGACGACGGAGGACGCAUUAGACAACAACCGAGAAUCGUGGUCUCCGAAGAAGAACCACUGCGCACCCCCAAAAACGAGACCGAUAAAUAUAGUACUUUAAAGGGAUGGUUCCCCGAAUCAGACUCAAUCCUUUUGGAGGAUCCGAAGUUUCCAACUCUUCCCUCGCUCAGUUCUGUGCUGUCCGCAGACUCCCAGCAAACGGUCACCUCUUUUUCUCCACCACCUUCAAAUCAGCCUCACUCCCAGGUUUCUUCCUCCCUUCGGCGAAAUUGUGUGUACGUUUCGCGCGCUACCGUCAGUCCGUCUCGCCGCAUCAACCGCGCCCUAACCCUGCCCGCAGUCAGACAACGAAUUCCUCCUCCGCGUCUUGUAGACGACUCUACUUCGAUCUCCGACUCCUCUGAUAUCCACUCCUCUCCCUCCCACAGUACCUCUGUUAGUCUCUUCGAGUUGCUCCAAUUCUGUCACCUGCAGGCCGUGGUGAUCAAUAGCAACCUUGUUGCGGCCAGACUGAGACCAGUAUGGUGGGCAGACGACCCAAUUACUUACCUGGGCCUGCGUGUGACUGAUGUGCAACUGCGCUUGCCUGAAUCAGAGAACUUGAAGAUUGUUCCUGCCUACCAUGCUGCUCCAGCAGGCAAUGUCCAUACCAUGGCAACCCAUCCCGACAGUGCUUUCAAGCCGGUAACACCAAGGCACAACAGUGGACAGCCCUGUGUUCUUUUGAUCGAGGAGGUGUACGAAGGCUUCCCAGCGACUGCUGUACCCGAACUUCGGGCCGGACAAAUUCUUGUUGAGCUGAAUGGUGUUAGCCUUCUCUCGACCCCCACCAACACGGACAGACUUACGCUGCUUCGAUCGACGUUGCUGAAUGUGUUUCGAGCGUUGGAUGCAGGUGCGUGUCGAGGCGUGGCCCUAACGGUGGCCACUCCGAAUACGCCAGUUUCGCGCUCAGACAGGGGAGAUCUGGUGAUAAAAAGCGUCACUGAAUCAUCUGUUAUGCUCCCAGAUGUCGCUGAAAUCUCUCUCCAGAGCCAGCCUCCACGGCGACAACAGGUAAAAUUUGAUUUCCGAAUUUAA